GCGCAGACUAUCAGGCGAGCAUGGCGUGGUGGCGACCCUAGCCACCGCUUGCCGCUUCCACGACGUGUCGAUAACCCUGCAGCAGACGCGGCCUACCAACCAUCACGCCUGCGCCGGUGACGUCUCAGAGAGGCGGCAUUAAACUGGACUGGACGCAUUCCAAUAUAUUCGCAAACGUGUGCCUGUAUUUUCGUAUACUAUAACUACUGCAUAAUUUUAAUAAAUAUAUCUACUAAUUCACUUAUUUAUUUAUACAAACUCUCAUAAAAGCAUUUUUAAGAUAUUAUCAAUCAUAAUUUAAAGUAAUUGUAAUGUUAAAGAGGCUAACCAACACUCCAGUGUGCUGCCUUCAAGCGAAUUGACAUUCCUCUACAUAGAUGGCAGCACUGAAAAUAUUUGACAUUCCGUGGAUUCCAAUCGCAGUGGGCUCGGCUCAAAUGUCAAACGCGACUAUUUCGUCAACAGAGUCGUGGCGCGAUAGUUGGAUUUUAUGAAAUAACAACAAAUACAAUAGUGUAUUUGACGGACAAUGUAUAAAAACGAUAGAAGUUAGUACAUUCUUUCGUGGUGCACAAACAAGUAGCGUGUCGUGUUGUUCUGGUAAAUGUGGCCUGAGUUUUUGCAAUUCCAUUAGUUAAACUAUAUCGAUUUUCGUUCUUCGCCGGUUUUGUUCAAUUGUUACGAAUUAUCAGUAGCAUAAAUAAUUUCAUUACUUCGUGAAAACACACAGAAAGACGAUCGUGGUUUAUUAGUAAAGUUAUAUAAUUUAGAAUUCAUAAAUAUAAAUAGUGUGAAAUAAACGAAGUCGCAAUACUCCCUGGGAAUAAUAAACAAACUAGGACAUAAUGGAGAAAGUAGAAUCAGCCCUGGACGUGUUAUCAAGAGCAGCCACUAUGGUUCAACCAUGUCCAGCCUACCCCGCCAGCGAUUCCGACAGCUUUGAGACGCCGAGUACUGCUUCAAGUGGGGAAUCUGAGGGUGACCGUACCCUCUCACCUGAAGCACCUAGAACUCCUCAAAUCAAGGAAAUGACCGGCAAAUGGCGCAGAGAGAGAAGGUCAAUGAGACAACCUGAUUACAGACCUAGGGAAAAUUGCAAGAUGGCGCUGCGGUCGCAGUCAUUUAACGAAAGGCGUUGUGUGGCAACGGUUGCGCGCGCACAGCCUCACAGCGACGGAGAGCUCUCAGAUGAAGUGGAUGACGCUCCCGCCAAUUUAGUCUUUAAUGGAAAAGGAGCGCCACCAGAGUAUCCAGGUGGAAAAUAUGAAGCUCCCAUCGAUAUGCGAUUGCGGACGCGACCUGCACCACCGCCGUACAACCGACCGUCUGUCAUCACGAAAAGUCAUGACACACCACCAGGUUCGAUGUCAAUGUGUGAUCCGGUAAUCGACGAACAUUUUAGACGUUCACUGGGAGAUGACUACAUGAACUUAUUCAAGAAGAACGGAGAAAAUGUUCAACCUGGUCCAAAACCGAACACGAAGGAUCGUGCAAGCAGUCCAAUCCAGUUCAAACCGGAAGAACCUCCGAAGCCUACUAAAACAAUUGCUAUGGAAGUCGACGAUGCUAGUCUCUGGGUCGACGACCACUUCGAAAAAGCCCUCGGUGACACCUGGCGACAAAUACAAACAUCGAGAUCAAAAGAUGGUGAAAAAUCGCAGUCGUCCAGCAAAGGAGUGGUUGACGAUCAUUUUAGUAAAGCCCUUGGUGAUACGUGGAAAAAAAUACAGUCCUCCAAGAUAAAUAUGGACACAUCGACCGAAAAAUCUAAAGAGCAAACCACAAAAAUUAUUUCAAGAAGCGGAGUCGUAAUAUAAUAGCAGUAGUUAAGGCUCUCGGUGGUUCAGUUUACGGCCUUGUACAAUUUACGAGGCAUUUUCAUGAUGCUAACUGGAGUAUCAAUAAAUUCCCACUUGUUUAACAUAAAGGAAGCUAUUAGAUAUUUUAUUGUCAGCACGACAUCAAAUGAAUGUCAUUUUUUGUUAUUUUCUAUCAAAUCUGUGAACCAUGACAUUCUGUUACCUUAGGUUUUGGGUGAAGUUUAUGAGGUGUAUUUAAGAAAUCUAUAUAAUUUAGUACGAAUAGUCAAUUAGUAGUCACCAGUUACACAGUGUAAGUUAUUACCUCAAUGUAAGCGCUUUUGCACAAUUCACUACGUAUAGAUUCGAAUAAUUUUAUAAAGUAUUGUAAAUAAGGGAUAGAGUCCACUUAUGUUUGAAAUUUCAGACGAAUUAAUGGACAAUUACCUAUAAGAUUAAUGAUUAACUAAUAUGUUCCUUCAUUGUGUGUAUGCAUAUGUAUGUAGGGUAUGAUUAACGUAUUACGAUUGGAGAAGUAUGAAAGAAUUCGAAUGUUACAUGCUAAAACCCAACGAAAUUUACAUGGGAUGUUAUGUGUAUAUUAAUAAUAAUUAAAUGUUUUUGUCUUUGUCUUAUAUAAACUUGAAACUUUCUCGUUUACUACGUAAGUAUAGAACAAUGAUUUGAUAUUUGUGUUUAGUUGUGAUAAAAUGGUUAAUGAAAAACUAAUUAUGUAAUAAGGGAAAUAAAGAAAUAGGUAAUAUGUUCAAACCAACGAACUUGAAAUAGUUAGUGAAAGUAGAACAAAAUUUGUUGAAUGAAGUGACCUUUGCUUAGCUGGCAAAGAAAAAUUCCAGCACGCAACUAGAGGGAAAGAGAACGUGUAUAAUACUACUAAAUUACGUAUUGUCAUGAAAACACUUGCGACAAGUUCAGAUCAAUACUUGGUAAUAAAUUUCUAGGUAUAUACGAACAACAGCUGAAGACGUAGAUUGAUUAAAAAAUACAGAACAUCGCUAUGUUAUAGAAUUAGAAUGUGGGUAAUAGAGUUUAAAAUUGAUGUAACAUUAAACUGCGCAUCAAUUCAGAAUAUUUAUAUUGUUUAAAAUGUAGACAGAGAAACUAUUAUCGGUACAUAUAGCCAAAUUAUUUUACAUUGUUUCAAGUGUAAAGUAAGUAUAUAAUUUUAUCUUCGUAUAUGUUGUGGAAAAAGAUUUACAUUCUAUCUAUUUAAUUAGACUCCUUGACAACGUAAUUGCUGUAUGAUUUUUUAGUGCGAGUGUAGCAUAGCGUUUUAUUCUCAGAAUUGAACAAUGGCUCGGGUAAUUAUGUCACAGGUUAUUAUAAUUAUAAUAAAUUAUCUGCUGGAACUGCCAUGCUGUUGACGGAUAAUUAAAUCUAUCAAUAGACAUUUUACGUAAUUGAGAUAUUACCAUUAAACAUAAAAUAAUGUAUUUCCACACAGAAUUAAUGUGAAUUAAAUAUAUAUCAUAGUCAUGUUUUUAUUAUAAUCUGUUGUUUUUACACAAUACAUAAUUGACUUUUAUUGAUGGGAUUUAUUGAUGAUAA